AAGAAAGCUAGGCUUAAUCAUUCUUUAGCCUGUCUUUGAGCAGACAGUUUCUUACAUUUCGAAUUUCCAUUUCCAGUAUUUUUCAUAAUGGACCAAAAUUACCUCGAUUCCAAGAUGUCCCGCCGUGUCAUCAACGUGUAUGUGCCGCCCAUUAGCAGUUUCCCGGAGCUGAGCCUCCUGGGCGGAUACGGGCUAAAGGAUCGAAUCGAACUGCCCAAAACGAGCACAAAACGGCGACCAGCACGGGGCAUGGAGAACGUCAUUGAGGAGCAGGAGGAGUCGCACUUCCUUUACGUCAUCGAUAGCAAGGGUCGUUUGUUGGAGCAUUUGCGUUACUUUGGCGACGACUAUCGUUCGGUCCUAAAGGAAACCUUUGCCGGCGACCAGGACACCGAGGAUGCCCCAAAGAAGGCGGCGGAAAAGACACCAAGGGACUUGGUAUCGGAUCUUCAGUCACUUCCAUCGACCAGACUAGCCACCAUCAAGAUUGAGAAGCCGGAUACCCAGUGUCCUUGUACUCAGACAUUAUAAAUUAUAAAAUCGAAAGAAAUACGAGGGAUAAUGGAUUUACAAAAAUUUUAAUCAAAAUGGUCACAAAAAAAAAUAAUAUUACAAGAAAGAGGUAGAAAUUUCUGGUUGAAAAAUUAAAAGCAUACUUUUUGGCGCAAAAUGUUAAAAUAUUUGGUGGCGUAAAGAAAAAUGGUUUGCAAAUAUAAUAUUUGUUGUUUUAUGAUUUGAA